AUGGCUGCCGAGGCUAUGGCGAGGGGUUUUGAUCCCGGUGCUGUGGCCCGUCAAUUUGCAUUUAGCGCGCCAGGAACGGAUGUGGUGGAUGUCGGGACUGAUUUCUAUAAUUCAGAGCUCUUCAACAGCUUUCUGAAUUCGCAUGAUAUCAUGAGCACCGGCAGCAUUUCAGAAAAUUCUCUGAGGAGAGUCUAUGAUGCAUAUGCUCAUAUUGGGGCCACGAUAUUCAUGGGAAAUUGGUCCGAUCCAGGAUCCAUCGUGUGCGCAAAUCUAUACAGCUGGCAUAUUCUGAAUGACCGGCACGAAUUCCUGAGACGGGCAGUUUUGGGGUCUUCCAAGAUGCGAACUGGGCGGUCGGAUCAAAGAUAUGCAGAGUGGGACGAAGCGUUUGACGAGGAUGGCCAGACAACGGGAUUCAGCCGGCCACUUUCGAAUGCCUGCAAUGGUUUUCCCACCUGUGAUCAGAUUGAAGCCUUCCUAGAGCGCUCUGGUAAUAAGGAGUUGCUCGAGAAGAUUUGGUAUCUCCUAUCUAUCGGGCCAGCAGAGUAUGUUUCUCGGGGGUUAGUGGACGAGCUUAAGGAAAAGAACCUCGUUGACACGUUAGAACUGGCUAUGGCGAAUGCAUAUUCCUACGGGUUGGUGCAUGAACUUCGUUGGUUGUUGGCUCAUGCUUCUCAUCAUGCCUGGCAGGUGAAUUACGUCUUUGAGGCCGCCAUGUUUGGGAGCUUGCUGGAUGAUGGUGGUUUGGAAGGGAAAUUGGACCGAUAUGAGUAG